GACGGAUGGAUGAUAGGACCUGAUCGGCAACUCCUGUUCUGGGUACCACCCGGUCUCCGAGAGCCAUUUUAUACACCCAGGACUGCUUUGGUGCUACCCAAAGGAAAUGUUGAGCUUGAUUUGAGCCGCAUGGCACAUGGAGAACGCUGGAGUGAUUGCCGAUCGAGAUGAAAGCCGUACUGAAGGAUGAUUUGUUCUGGCAAUCGAAAUAUCCAGUCUACAGUUCAAUCCCUUGUGUAAUUUAUAACCUGGCACUGGUCUCGAGAUACUGCUGCUAGUUCGUGAGACUCGUACUUAUGUUGGGGUGGCAUACCGAUCACGGGCAAAAAGAUGUAUUCACUGGAACGUCUCGAGUACAGUCCAUAGUAUAUGUAAUGACUUUGAUUUUGAUUUUGAUUUUGUUGUCCUUGUUCUAUGGUACAUCAUUAGAUAGCGAAGGUACCAUGAAGUUUUCCCGCAAUGGACUGGUAACCGCUGAACGUUGAACGUCUGCGAGGCAAACCGUCGAAAGGCAGUCUGAUCAUCAGUGUAGAAAUCUGACACGAAUAGAAACGGUACGUCAGCACGCUCCAAGCGCCAUCGAGGAGGCAUCCUCAGUCUGCCAUGAUACCAUCACGAAUAAUAGAAGAGAAACACUUUGCACCAAUGCACAUCUGGAAGCGAAUCAAUGGCACAUGUGUCAGUUUCCUGCAGCACGGUAGCCUGUUGGUUAGAUGACUGCCGGGUAUCAUCUACUUUCUUGUAUUCCGGUAGUUUGGCAGCAACAAGCCGUUUUCGUCCUGGUGCAACUUCAACGAUUGGUGGCCCGAGGUUGUGUCUUG